CAUGCAGAAGAGCUCACAGGACUGACAGACUCGACCCGUUCCGGAAUCGUCCACAAGAAUCUGGGUUUACCGAAGGAGACUGAAAGAAGAUCGAUUCGAAAAGGAAAAAUCUCAAAGAAGUUGCUUUUAGGUGGGCCAAAAAGUCACCGUCACCUCAUUACGAAGAUAUUGCCCACGAAAAGCUGAGGAAGUGCCUCUUCUUAUUCAAGAAGGAAGGUCGUGAUGAAAAAAGAAUGGAAAACGAUUUCGCUCAAUGCCAUUCUGUCACUCUUCAUCUUGUAACCGAUUACUUCCAAGUAGAUUUUUUCAUAAAAAGAGGAGUAG